AGUAUCCCCGCCAGGCCACCCAACGAAUGCCACCUUUUGUCCUCGCUGUUCUGUGAAUUCGCAGAUCCUACCCUUACUCACCCUCUACGUUUUUUAACUCUUUUACACGCCACACCUUCUCUUUUUCCCCUCUCUUUCUGUCUCUCUCAUUUCUAUCGCUUUCUUGCUCUCGCUCCGUCGACUUAGAUUGGUUUUUGAUCUGCUUGAAUUAUUCGAUCUUUGAUUAUUUAGGGUUUGACAGAAAAAAAAAAAAAAUUUAAUCGAAAUCAUGAGUAGCCCUCAGAAGAAUGAGAACAAGGGCCUCUUCGCCGCCAUGACUUCUGGCCUUUCCAUGUUCGGUAACGCAAUGCAUCGAUCCGUCAACGGGUUGCUUGGUUAUGAAGGAGUAGAAGUUAUAAAUCCAGAGGGAGGCAAAGAAGAUGCGGAAGAUGAAGCUCAGAGAGGAAGAUGGAAACAGGAGGAACGAGAUAGUUACUGGAAGAUGAUGCAGAAAUACAUAGGCUCAGAUGUCACAUCAAUGGUGACUCUUCCUGUCCUUAUUUUUGAGCCAAUGACUAUGCUUCAGAAAAUGGCAGAGUUAAUGGAGUAUUCCUACUUAUUGGAUCAGGCAGAUGAAUGCGAGGAUCCCUACAUGCGGUUGGUGUAUGCUACGUCAUGGGCUAUUUCUGUUUAUUAUGCCUAUCAAAGGACAUGGAAGCCAUUUAAUCCUAUUCUUGGAGAGACUUAUGAACUGGUUAAUCAUAAUGGAAUCAGAUUUAUCGCAGAGCAGGUGAGUCACCAUCCCCCAAUGAGUGCUGGGCAUUCUGAAAAUGAACAUUUUGCUUAUGAUGUGACAUCAAAGUUGAAAACUAAGUUUCUAGGAAACUCUCUUGAUAUUUACCCUGUCGGGAGAACUCGUGUGACUCUUAAAAAAGAUGGUGUAGUUUUAGAUUUAGUUCCACCUCCCACAAAGGUUAACAAUUUGAUAUUUGGACGGACUUGGGUUGAUUCACCUGGAGAGAUGAUCAUGACAAAUUUGACUACUGGGGACAAAGCUGUUCUAUAUUUUCAACCAUGUGGCUGGUUGGGAGCUGGUCGCUAUGAAGUCGAUGGAUAUAUUUACAAUGCUGCUGAGGAACCUAAAAUAUUGAUGACAGGGAAAUGGAACGAGUCAAUGAGUUAUCAGCAAUGUGAUAUGGAAGGCGAACCUCUUCCAGGGACAGAAAUGAAGGAGGUUUGGCAUGUUGCUGAUGCUCCGAGAAAUGAUAAAUUUCAGUAUACAUAUUUUGCACAUAAAUUAAAUAGCUUUGACACUGCUCCGAAAAAUUUGUUAGCAUCUGACUCUCGUUUACGUCCAGAUAGAUAUGCACUUGAGAAAGGUGAUCUAUCCAAAGCUGGUGCAGAAAAGAGCAGUUUGGAGGAGAGGCAGAGAGCUGAAAAGAGAGACCGAGAGGCCAGAGACCAUAAGUUUACACCUAGAUGGUUUGAUUUGACUGAUGAGGUUACGCCUACACCUUGGGGCGACUUAGAAGUCUAUCAGUAUAAUGGUAAAUAUGCCGAACGUCAGGCUGCUAAUGAUACUUCAGGUUCUGAUGAGGUUCAUCUUGCAUCAAUGGAAUUCAACCCAUGGCAGUAUGGUAACUUAUCUGCAGAAUGAGGCAUUUCAAAUUUUAUGCUUGCUUAUUGGACUCUGCAGUUAGUUGGUGGGAACUUGGUGUGAAAUGUGGGAAGCAGUCGGUUUUUAAUGGUUAGCUGAUGCUGUUACUUGAAUUGGCAUUUGUGCAAAUAUUUUCCAGUGAAUGGAACAGAAGCAGUAGGAUAGUAAGAAAAAUUAAAGGGGUAUCUGUCUGUUUGUUUAGUACUAUAUGGUAUCAAGUUUUGCUGAUCAGCUCCUUUACGAUCAAUUAUGUACCUUUUUUUUUUUUUUUUUUUUUUUUUUUUUUUUUGUGAAAUGAAUCAAUUAUGUACUUAAAACUCAUUUUGGAUGUAAAACUUUUGCUUAUAAUUUUUCAUGUUGAUUUUUGUU